UCCACGCGGCAAAACACUUCCUGCUGUUGACCACCACAUUCCUUCCCCGUCAGACGCGGGGAGGAAGCUCGGGAGGAAGCCGAGCUGAGCAAGAGAGGGGAAAGGAGAAUCGGAUCAAGAAGCAGAGAUGAGAGUUGCAAUUUUUUCAGGAGAAUUUCCUGGAGGAAACUCCGUUACAGGAGCAGAGGCAUGGAGAACAUCAGAUGGUUCGUCGGUGGCGGAUUUGCUGAAUCCCGACAGUUGAGCCUGCAGCAUCCCUCCUAAAAAAGGAUAUGGGUAAUUUACCGUGUAGUAAAUACCAAAUCUGGAAGGGUCCCAUCCGCAAAAAGGACACAGACAGGGACAAGCCUUCCCAAUCGAUGCCCCCCUCCUACGUGGAACCUUCUGUGGCUGCCGACGUGUACAGCCGCAGGUGACGUCACGGCCCCCCAAAGCGCGUAGCCGUACCCCUCCGUUUCAAAAUUCUAAUCCCACGUGCUCUUUUCCACCCCCGCUCUCUCCUCCCAAUAAUUUAAUAAUUAAUAACUAAAUUUAAAAACCACACGAAAUUUAUUUCUUUUUUCCCCCAUUUGACCGGCCGUUUUCUGUAGCCAAUCCACUCGCUCCCCUCUCGCGUUUUUGCAACACACGGCUAUUUUGACCACGUGGCCCGAAAAACCAAACGUGAAUGGUGUUCGACCCGCGCCUAUUUAUAUCCCGCGUUCGAAUAUUUGCCGGGAAACCAUCGCAUCGCAUCACCACCACGCAUCGAGAGGAAGAAGACGAAGCAGCAGCAGCGGCGGCGGCGAGGACGGUGAGGAAAUGCAAAUGGAGUCGUACUACGGCGCGUUCCAAGACGAGGCGGCGUUCUUCUACCCGCACCACGGCGGCGUGGUGCCGGCGUCCCCGGAGCUGCCGUUCGGGUUCAUUGCGUCGCCGGAGCCGACCCCGCCGGAGGCUAUGGAGCCGAGACAGAGCGCGUUCCAGGAGUACGGCGGCGCGGUGCGCGGUGUGCGGGCGGUGGGGAGCGGCGGCGGCGGCGCGAACAUCCACCGGAGGGUGAUGGACGUGCUCGGCAGGAUGGGCGCCGCCGCCGCCGCUGCCGCUGCCCCCGGGGAGAGGGCAGAGGAGGAGGAGGACGAGGAGGGGCCGCAGCAGCGGCGGCGUGGGCACGGCGCCGACGUGGAGAGAAGCCGCGGGUUCCGCCACAUGAUGCGCGAGCGCCAGCGCCGCGAGAAGCUCAGCCAGAGCUACGCUGACCUCUACGCCAUGGUCUCCUCGAGGUCCAAGGGGGACAAGAACUCGAUCGUGCAGUCCGCGGCUAUCUACAUCCACGAGCUGAAGGGCGCGAGGGACCAGCUGCAGAGGAGGAACGAGGAGCUGAAGGCCAAGAUCAUGGGCCACGACGAGCAGCAGCAGUGCGUCAAGGUGCAGUUCGAGGUCGACGAGCCGUCGUCGUCGAUCGACUCCAUGAUCGGGGCGCUCCGGCGGCUCAAGAGCAUGAACGUCAAGACGAGGAAGAUCCGGUCGAGCCUGUCCGGGAACAGGCUGUGGACGGAGAUGAACGUCGAAACCACGAUUGCGGCUUGUGAAGUAGAAAAGGCAGUGGAAGAAGCCCUGAAGGAAGUGGAGAGGAAGCAGCCUGACAGUGAUGCCCCAUUUCCUGGAAGCAGAGGCUGGACACAGACAUCUCAUGUGCAAAAUGUGUUCUGAACUUCUGAUCAGUUUUGAACUUUUGAACCAUGAUCCUGCUGGGACCCCAUUUUUUCAUUUUUUUUAAAUUAAAAAAGAGCUUGUGAUGGAGCAAGUGGAAAAUCUCCAUGUUUCCUUAUAGAUGUCUUGUUAUUUUUCUUUUGUGUCCAUGUAGAUACAAAUAAUGGCUUUCUCUCUUUUCUACUAAAAAAGGAAAAGAGUAUGUGAAGAAUGAAGUAGCUUGUCUCGGUUAAAAAGAAGAAAUGGAAAUUUACAUUCAUGUGAUUUCGUACU